GGGCGGGGCGCCCAGCUGGCGUCACCAGGACAACGGGCGUUGCCGGCGCCUUGUGACUCUGGGCUGUGGGCGCGCUCGCGGCUCUUCGGCCAUGGUUUUCUCAAAUAAUGAUGAAGGCCUUAUUAACAAAAAGUUGCCCAAAGAACUUCUUUUAAGAAUAUUUUCCUUCUUGGAUAUAGUAACUUUGUGCCGAUGUGCACAGAUUUCCAAGGCUUGGAACAUCUUAGCCCUGGAUGGAAGCAACUGGCAAAGAAUAGAUCUUUUUAACUUUCAAACGGAUGUAGAGGGUCGAGUGGUGGAAAAUAUCUCAAAGCGAUGCGGAGGAUUCCUGAGGAAGCUCAGCUUGCGAGGCUGCAUUGGUGUUGGGGAUCCCUCCUUGAAGACCUUCGCACAGAACUGCCGAAACAUUGAACAUUUAAACCUCAAUGGAUGCACAAAGAUCACUGACAGCACGUGUUACAGCCUUAGCAGAUUCUGUUCCAAGCUGAAACAUCUGGAUCUGACCUCUUGUGUGUCCAUUACAAACAGCUCCUUAAAGGGGAUCAGUGAGGGCUGCCGAAACCUGGAGUACCUGAACCUCUCUUGGUGUGACCAGAUCACGAAGGACGGCAUCGAGGCACUGGUGCGGGGCUGCCGAGGCCUGAAAGCCCUGCUGCUGAGGGGCUGCACGCAGUUAGAAGAUGAAGCUCUAAAACACAUUCAGAAUUACUGCCAUGAGCUCAUGAGCCUCAACUUACAGUCCUGCUCACGCAUUACGGACGAAGGCGUGGUGCAGAUUUGCAGGGGCUGCCACCGGCUGCAGGCCCUCUGCCUUUCCGGCUGCGGCAACCUCACGGACGCCUCUCUCACAGCCCUGGCUUUGAACUGCCCAAGACUUCAGAUUCUGGAGGCUGCCCGAUGUUCCCAUUUGACUGACGCAGGCUUUACACUUUUAGCUCGGAACUGCCAUGAUCUGGAGAAGAUGGAUCUUGAAGAAUGCAUCCUGAUAACUGACGGCACACUCAUCCAGCUCUCCAUUCACUGUCCGAAGCUGCAAGCCCUGAGUCUGUCCCACUGUGAGCUCAUCACAGAUGAUGGAAUCCUGCACCUGAGCAACAGCACCUGUGGCCAUGAGAGACUGCGGGUACUGGAACUGGACAACUGCCUCCUCAUCACCGACGUGGCCCUGGAACACCUGGAGAACUGCCGUGGCCUGGAGCGCCUUGAGCUGUACGACUGUCAGCAGGUUACGCGCACAGGCAUCAAGCGGAUGCGAGCUCAGCUCCCUCAUGUCAAAGUCCACGCCUAUUUCGCGCCUGUCACGCCACCAACAGCAGUGGGAGGAAGUGGACAUCGGCUGUGCAGGUGUUGUGUCAUUCUCUGACAGCAGAUGCCCAGGGCCCAAGGCAUGAUGAGGUGUCCCUUCCUCCAGAGGACAGUCUUCCUGGCCUUCUCUACUGUCACGGAAAUCUGUUGAUUCGCCACUGGGACAGGCAUUUACAGGUAAAAGACUUCUCUAGAGAUUGCAGUAACUCUGGUGACAGUUUUCACCUUUAUUCUGCUCUGAUGCAAUCAGAUUGAAGCCUUGUGUCAGUAAACACCUGGCAAGAGUGGCCUCAGUACAGCCAGGAUCGUGCAAGAAACCUGACUUCUUACGAGGUGGGUGCCUUCCUAGGUACAAAAGUUCUGCCUCGACUUUGUCAGCAUUCCUGAAACAGACCAUCAGUGUUAGCACAAAGAAUAAGCUAUUGAUUUUCUACCAGAUACUUAAGACAGUGGCCUACGUUAAUUCACAACAAUUCCAUUUUGAUUAGCUGGACUUUUCCACUCUGAAGAUUAAAUAGCUACCUUUAUCAAAAAGUGACUACUUCAAAUUCAUAAUACCUGAUAGUUUUAUAUGUAGAGACUUAUGUGGAAGGCAAGUUAAUAGGUUUCCAUGAGACACCAAAGAAACAAGGACUCUAAACUGGGUGGAGCAGGGUCUUCACCUUUUGUCAACUUGUCAUAUACUUUUGGGGACCAAAAACUAAACUAAAUCAACUCAGAGUUUGUGUUGCCUGAUUGGAAAUUAUAAGCUGUGGCAUUUGCUACAGCACACAGUGCAAUUUUAUUAUAGGAGAAAAGUUAUUCAUGUCAUAUCUCAAAAUUUGGGAGACCUUAAAUAGAAUUAAGGCUUAAAUUAUCUAUAAUACAAUCAAUUAAAAAUAAUGAAUGGAUGCAUGUAGAAUGGGUGUGAUUUUUUUCCAAGUUUAUUUUAAAAUCUUAGAAAUCAAGUUACACCAGAACUGUUCAAAAGUUUUAUACACUUAAAACUCAGAUCAAGUGUUGGCACCUUUUAGACCCAUAAAAAUGAAUACACCGUUGCAAUGUUU